AUGGCAUUAUCUUGUUCUUGGUCUCCUUCACUCCUCACAACCACUCAAUCCUCCUCAACUCCCAAACUCCUCCCUGCUACUCCUGAGGACCAGCAAGCUGUUGAUGAUGUGGGUUCUAGUUUACAAUGUCCACAAGCUAGCCUUUGUGAUAGUGUGUGCUGCUCUGAGAUUGCACGCAAACUUGAAGCAGUGACUCCGAUAAAGGAACCACUCAAAUCGGAUCUACUGGAUGGAAAAUGGGAGCUUCUCUACACUACUUUCAAAUCGAAAUCGAUUCUCCAAACUGGGAGACCCAAGUUUUUAAGAUCGAGGGUAAAUUACCAAGCAAUCAACGUGGACACGCUCAGGGCGCAAAAUAUGGAGUCAGGGCCAACUUUCAAUCAGGAGGUGGAGAGACUCGAGUUGAGGAAACUUCAGACCGACCCUCGGCAUAGCUCGGUUACUGUACGUGGAGCAGAUGAGCUAACUGUGCAAUGGACUGAAACAGCCCAAGAUACCUGUUAAGGCACCUGAUAGACCUGAGAGAGCCCGUGGGCAACUGGAAAUUACAUAUUUGGAUGAAGAAUUGCGGUGAGUAUAAUUGUAAUUUCAUUUUCAUUUUGAUGACGGAUUGAGAUUACUAUAUGAGAAUUCCAGUCUGGAAAUUAAGAGUAGACUAGAAUGCCACACUGUUGAUUACUCUCUCCUUCCUGAAUGAAAUAGUGCAUGUUUUACUUUAAUGAUACAAGAAUGAUGCAUGCAAUAUUGGAAAACAACUCCAAACUUUAUUAGGGUUACAGAAAAGCUUCAUAAAGUUUGGAGGUUGGAUAGAGAUCCUUUUUCUUUUAAAAGACACACUACUCAUGAUAUUG